GCAGAGUCCGGGUCUACAUCGUGACCCGAUGGGUCGUCUCGGCUGUGCUUUCAGCAGCCAAUUGCAUCUCACUAGCACUGGUUCCUCCACAUUAGCUUCAUUGAAUCACAGAAUCCAUCUUCGAGCAGCCGAGAACAGCGGCUACCACCGGUUGACCACCGACAAAUCGACAAGUCUACCGAGCAUUUUGUCUCUGUCGCAGCAAAGGGCGAUUCCUCAGCCGCGGGAAGAAGAUUUGGUGGUUGCGCCUCCUCCUUUACCCCGCCUACCCCCACCUCUAGAUUCCGGAGACAGUAGUGAUGCUGAGGACAUCAGGAAUGACGAUCCAUACCCCAAAAGGUGGAUCUCACCACCUGCUUCUUUCGGGGAGAACAGUCAUCCUGCUGCCAGAUACGAUCCCUAUGGAAGAAGACUGCCCCUACUGCCAAAUGAGGUGCUCAAAUAUUAUGGGUCACGUCUGAACUCCUUCGAGCGGAAAGAGCUGCAGAGCGGCGAAUAUCCGGAAAUAUGGUACCUCGGCCUCGAAGCCACUAAAAUCGAAGGAGAAGAAGGAGCCCCCCACAACCACGGAUAUGACGAUGACAACGGAUCCUAUAUUAAGGUCCUGCACGAUCAUCUUUCAUAUCGGUACGAAAUACUAGAAGUGAUAGGAAAAGGAUCCUUUGGUCAAGUUAUCAGGGCGCUCGAUCAUAAGACAGACCAACAGGUGGCACUCAAGAUAAUCAGGAACAAAAAAAGGUUUCACCAGCAGGCUCUGGUGGAAGUCAAAAUCCUUGAGCACCUGUGCAGGAAGGACAAAGACGGCAGUCAUCACAUGAUCCGAAUGAUGAAUCACUUUUACUUCAGGAAUCAUCUUUGCAUCACAUUCGAACUCAUGGGACUCAACCUGUACGAACUAAUCAAAAAGAACAACUACCGGGGCAUCGGAUCGACGAUGAUCAGACGAUUCGCCUUUGCUCUUGUUCAGUGCCUGCGGCUACUGCACAAAGAACAAAUCAUACAUUGUGACCUCAAACCGGAGAACAUUCUUUUAAAACAAAGAGGGGCCAAUUCAAUUAAAGUCAUAGAUUUUGGUAGUUCCUGCUAUACUCACCAGAGGGUUUACACAUAUAUCCAAUCACGGUUUUAUCGAUCACCUGAGGUGAUCCUGGGUCUUCCGUACGGUCCGGCCAUAGACAUGUGGAGCCUGGGUUGUAUCUUGUCCGAGUUGCAGACUGGACUGCCCCUGUUUCCGGGGGAGAACGAGGCUGAUCAGCUGGCCUGUAUCAUGGAGGUGCUGGGGCCUCCCCCAAACGACCUCCUUCAAUUGGCCUCGAGGAGAAGACUCUUCUUCGAUUCCAAAGGUAGUCCUCGCUGCAUAACGAACAGUAAAGGUAAAAAAAGAAGACCCGGCUCCAGGCCUCUAUGUGUCGCACUGAACACAGACGAUCAAGAAUUCGUUGAUUUCAUCAGCAGGUGCCUCGAUUGGAACAGUGCUCUGCGAAUGAGCCCCGACGAGGCCCUGAUGCAUUCUUGGCUCACCUCCUGUUCUUCACAAAGAAUGAUUUCCAGUAGAGACUUCGAUUCGGACGGUAGCCAUCAAACUCAGUCAGUGGAGAAGGCACUAGAAAAUCGAAGGGCAUCUCGAAGGGAAGAACGUAAGAACUUUGUUUAUCACUGCACCUUCUACAGCCCGCUGCACAUCCCCACCUCUGUUCUCUGCAGACGAUAUGUCACGUGAUGGAAGCGAGUGGCUGGUGUCGUAUGCGAUGAUUGGUUUGGCUGUGUCGUGACAAUGGUUUUGUUGGCCUGGCUUUUAUAGAAAGGACACUAUAAAAUGUCUAUUUAAGCGAAAGGUUCUUUUAAGAUUAAUAAAUGUUGGAUUUCAAUUGACCCGAGAAGAGUUUAACACAGAGCCUGAACAUAUUGUUGUUGAUCAAUUUUGAGUUGGCUUGGCGUGUUUGGCUAGCUUACUGAAUAAAAGAAUUUUUACUUGUUUAUUUUGUACUAUAACCUGUUUCCUUUCUUACUCGCAAUAACACUGUGGUAACUCUGUUGACGAUUUUUAGUACGUUCAUGAACCUCAUAUGAAUCUUUCAGGUUACACAUGUUAUCGUUUCACUUUUCGACCAUAUUACAAAAUUUUCAAUAAGAGAAUGGCAUUCUCCAACAGAGGUGAAUUUACCAUCUCGCGACUACGAGGAAUCCCCACAACGUAGGGACUUCGAAGGGACUCCAAAAGGCUACAUGAAAAGUAUUUUACAUAGGUCUGAUUUAUUUGAGGUGCCACCAGAAAUGUAUUACGACGGGUCCCCGAACCUCUAAAUUUGCCACCGUCCUUCCAAAAUAUCACAUUAAUUUCAACUGUACAUAUCGUCGCCUCAGAAUAACAGUAGGAUACCUUACUUUCGUUUCUCGGUUUUGAUGGCUUACUGUUGCUCUGAUGCGUCGAUAUAUAAAUUAGACCCUGAUCCAAACAUUAAUUUGUAAUUUUUAAAACUUAGAAUGCCCAUCUAAACUUAAAAAGCUACUGAUGUUAUUGCUUUUCCGAAAAAAAAAAAAUUCAUCGAUUUAUUAUGUUAACCGUCAAUUUUACAUUACUCUUUCUUUUUUCGUUUUCAAACAAAAGCCAUUAUUAAUGCUUUCACUAUUAAAGCCCGAUCUAAUCCUGCCGUGUAUUAUUUGCAUUUCCAAUAUUCAAUCAGAAUGUUAACUUUCAAGUAAUUCAAAAGUGUCAACCUUCAAAAAAAAAAAAAAAAAAAAAAAAAAAAAAAAAAUCAAAAACCACUAUUAGUUUUAUACAUUCACUAUCUAAAAAUAAAUUUGCUAAAAAAUUAUUUCAGACGAUAAUUUGCUUUGCUGAAAGCAUAUUUUAAGAGAGCUAAUAAUUUAAAUGUGCUAAUAACGAUAAAAAAAAUUUUACUGAAUCACGAAAUGCUAUUCUAAAUCUUACGGCAGAGCUUUAAAAUACCGAUCUUAUAUCUUUAAAAAUAUUGCUGCAAGCGGUCGCACAUAGCAGUUUCACCCUGCUGCUGAUACGAAUUGACCUUAUCCAAAAAGAAAUCAUGAUGUCUAACUAACAGCAUAAUAAGGAACAGUAAGAUACGUCUGACAGUUUGUGUUUGCAGUCACAAGACCAACAAACUUAGUUCUUAAG